CGGUUCUGUAUCUGGCUGAUUGUGAAAUAAUCUGUUGUGUACUGUACCGAGCAUGUGUUGCUGGUUAUUCCUCCUCGUCUGCUGCUAUUUGAGCUCUUGCAACGCCUUCUCUAUCUCCAAUCUCCCAUGCCUGGUAUCGAUACAUACUUCUGAAACGUCCCUUUACUUGCAAGCCAACCACGUUAGCCCGUCGAGUUGUAAUGUUUUGAACUAUUGCUGGUGGCUGUCUAUCUCUUGUUUAGUUACCCCUCCAUCCUCCAGUCGCUCAUUUGUCCUCCUCCUACUGCUCCUCCUCCUCCACACACCUCCUCCGCCCGUCUGUACCGACCCGGGCAUCUUGGAGACUACUCGACAGUCUGCCACAGCACCCUCGAACCAAACCGAGAGCAGCAGUGCCCCGGCCCCGGCCCCGGCACCGACACCCCGAACCCGACGAGCCAACCUGUCUCUCCCCCGUGACCUCCCUGCCCGUCGCCAAGCUGGCUUCGACUCGCUCUCCGCUGCUUCUCCCUCUGCCCAUCCCGCAUCCUUGCUUGACACCUCCGCCCGAUCACGACCACCUGUGCCAUAUCGGGCUGCCGCCCUUGACCUUCUCCCCCAGGGUCAAGAUGGAAGAAGGGCAAGGCGGCCUGCCCCCGCCGCCAACCCUCGAACCGUUAUCGCGACCGAGCUCGACCUCGACCACUGCCUCCCUUUCCCACCAGCAGCUCCCGGGCAUCUCGUCGAUUGCUGCAGCAGCAGCCGCCGCCGCCGCCGCCAGUUCGACGUCGAGUCCGCCGCAGCAGAGAGCAGUGACGAGUACGCCGUCAACAAUGUACUCGACACCCGCGACGGCGCCAGCUGCGACAAGUGCUGGCCCAGGUGGGAAUCUGCCCGUCUGCCAGAAUUGUCAGACCUCCACCACUCCCCUCUGGCGUCGCGAUGAGUCCGGCGCCGUCCUCUGCAAUGCCUGCGGCCUGUUCCUCAAGCUGCACGGCCGGCCUAGGCCCAUCUCCCUCAAGACAGACGUUAUCAAGAGCCGCAACCGUGUCAAGACAAUGCGCCCUGGCAUGGAUAUGAAGAAGAAGAACGCUGCUGCCGCUGCCCUCGGCGUCCGCCGCACCUCUCAGAAGGCGGGCAAUGGCCACAUCGACGAUACCAACUCCCCGAUCUCGCGAACCGCGACGCCCAACAUGUACGCCGGCCACAUGCUGUACCAUGGCCUCGACGAGCACCACCUACAGCAGCCCUUGUCUGGUUUCGGGGUCCCAGGUGGAGGCAACGGUCGCGUUCCCUCACCCAUGAACGGCGAGGGCGUGCCACAAACACCCGAAGAGCUCCUCGCCCUGAACUCAGGCCUGAAGACCCGUAUCGACGAGCUGGAAGUCAUCAACGACCUGAUCCAGCGCCGCCUUCAACACUACGAGACCUACGGCGCAGGCGCAGGCCCAGCUGCCGGCAACGGCCUCGACGGUCACGAUGUUUCCCAGGCCGAGGCCCAGCUGCGUGCCCAGGUCGACGCGCUCUCAGCAUCGGAAGCCCAGCUUCGCUCCCAGCUUGACGAAAGCCACCGACGAGAGAACAGCAUGAAGCGACGACUAGAUGAGAUGGAGCUGGAGCUGAAGGAGGCGAAGGAGUCGCUCGAGUUCCACGACAAUGGCCGCGCAAAGAAGAUGCGCAUGACUGAGACCACCGAUCCAGUCUCCGCCUUGAAGGAUGAUCUCCUGGCAGAGGCGCCUGCGGAUGCCACGGCAGAUAUACCAACAGAUCUUCCUGCAGAUGUUGCGCAAGAAAUUGCGCCCGAGCUUGCAACGGAGCCUGCGCCCGAGCCCGCCCCUGAGGCCGCCACCGAGCCUGCACCCGAGCCUCCGACGGAGGCUGCUAUCGAAGGCGCAACUGAAGCUGUUCCCGAAGCUGUCAGUGAUGCCCCUGUUCAGGCGGCCCAAGAGGCGCCGCCGGAAGCACAAACAGAAGCUGCCAUGGAGGCCCCCAUGGAGGCCCCCAUGGAGACGACCACGGAGACGACCGCGGAAGUGCCUGCGUCGACAGGGGACCCCGCAGAGGCUCUGCAGGCCGCUUCAUAACUGCUCAGGUUUGCUUUGCUGGUAGUUGCUCCACGCGAUCUUGUGACGUCGAUUGCAGAACGAGAUCUGUACAUCGAAUCACGACUCACUUACUCCACUACUGCGCGCCACCUUGGCGGGUCGCGGCAGCACUCGUGCCAAGGUCGAGGCUGCUCACGACCACUGCUGUACCAGUGUCUUAUGGUUUAGCCUCAUACAUGCAGCUUGAUGGUUUUUGGCGUUGAUAACGAGGGACGGACUGGGUAGACCGUAAUUCUGAGGUGUCUUUACCCUGUGCCAUUUUCUGGUAGCUUCUGAGUUCGAGGCGGGAGUCAGUGGUACGCCUGACAUGACAGUGUAUUGUGGAGUUGUAGGAGUAUCUCAUUAUUCACAGCCUCCACUUAGAUCAUGGCAAUGGAAACCAAAAGUUUAUUUGAA